AAGGUAGCAGUUGUUACAGAACUGCUGGGGAGACCUUCCUCCUCAGGCUUUUAGGACUCUGCUCUUAUAAUGGCCUUGGUCUAUCGACCAAUGAUGCAAUUAAGUGGCAUACUAGUCUCUCUGUUGGGAUGGGUCCUAUCCUGUCUCACUACCUAUUUACCCCAGUGGAAAAAUCUUAACUUGGAACUGAAUGAACUGGAGAUCUGGACCAUGGGACUCUGGCAAGCUUGUGUUGUCCAGGAAGAAGGGGGAAUGCAGUGCAAGGACUUUGAUUCUUUCCUAGCUUUGCCUCCAGAGCUCAGGAUUUCUAGGAUUUUGAUGUUUUUUUCCAAUGGAUUGGGGUUUUUGGGCCUCUUGCUCUCAGGAUUUGGGUUGGACUGUUUGAAAAUUGGUGAAAGACAACAGGAACAAAAGAAACGGCUGUUGCUGUUUGGAGGAUUGCUCUUCUGGAUAUCGGGGAUUACAGCUAUUGUCCCAGUUUCUUGGGUUGCCCAUUCCACAGUUCAGGAAUUCUGGGAUGAGAAUAUACCAGAUAUUGUUCCCAGGUGGGAUUUUGGGGAAGCGUUAUUUGUUGGCUGGCUUGCUGGAUUUUGUCUUAUAUUAGGAGGAUCCCUACUCAAUUGCACAAUCUGUUCAACUGAAGUCCAUCCAUCUUCGGUCCAUUACGCAGUACCAGAAGAGCAAGAUCAGUGUCAACACGUGGAAACUGAAACUAGACCUUAAAAUGGAAGGUUUUAAACAGUACAGAAAGACUGCCUUAUCUUUUUCAAACCCUAGCGCAAGCCAGAAGCUUGUUCCAGUAGUAAUUCAAAGGACUUUUUGUUACUUAGCUGAUUUCCUAAACUUAUGCCUGUUUUUUCCAUAACUGGUAUUGGAAGGUGGUGUGUUUUCUCACCUGCUUUCUCACCUGUUUAAAACUUUGUUUCACAGCAGAAUGCUGAAGUUUUCAUAGACUAUGCAGAAAAAGUGCUUUUGCUUUCUCAAGUGCACUGUAAAAUCCUGAAAAUGAAUAUGCAUGUUCUCUUACAGCUUGGCUUUUAAUCAAAAUAUGCUUCCUUUUCAUACACAACCAAUUAAAUGAGCCUCAAAGCUUGAUUCCCUGUUGCAAUUUUCCACUUGCCUAAUGCAGUGACGUACAGACUUGCGUUUUUACAUCCGGAACAGUCUAAAUACAUGCAUUGCAUCAAAUUUUUCUGUGUAUUUGGAAAUUGUUGUGCUAAGGAAACUGUAGGUUUCUGAAAUUCUAGCAAGCUUUGCAGAUGUCUUUUUGUGCAUGGGGUGUUACAGGGUAGGUGCUUCAUACCCAGUAAGUCAAUUGUG